AUGUAUAAGGCUUAUGUUGCUAAAGCUGGUUUUGAUGUAAGAAAAGGUUCUACAAAGUUAAACAAUAAGUCACGUGUUCUUACUCAUCAGUCUAUGUUGUGCAGUAGAGAGGGAUUUCCUCAAAGUGUUUAUGUAGACACAACUGAUUCUAAAAAAAAUAAAGCUCAAAGAAAUUCUAAUAUUAAAAGGAAAGGAUGUCCAACUUUUGCAAAAUUUAAAAGAGUAGGAAAUUCAGAAGUUUUUGAGCUAUACAAAUUUGAAGAAAGGCAUAAUCAUGAUUUGGUUACAGAAGAUUAUAAGCGUUUCUUGAGGUCUAACAGACAAUUGGAUAAUGCUGCUCAAGAAUUCAUUGAGAAGAUGGGAAUGGUAAAGAUUGGUCCAAUGAAAGCAUACACGAUAAUGCAAGAAUUAAGAGGCUCAAACAAUGUUGGAGGGAUUGUUGUUGACUACAAGAAUCAAUCUAGAAAAGUGAAUUGUUUUAUUGAAAAGGAUGAUGCACAGAUGGCUGAUGAAGUUGCAAAGGCAAAUUAUAGAGAAUUUGGUGAUGUUUAUCAUAUUGUAUUUGCUCCUUUCACAGGAAUUGAUAACCAUAGAAAGAGUGUUAUUUCUGCAGUUGGUCUUUUGAGUAGUGAAACUAUAGAGUCUUAUUUAUGGCUCCUUAAAACGUUUUUGAAGACUUUUGGUAAACAACCUACUGUUGUUCUCACUGAUGAAGAUGCACCAAUGAAAAUUGCAAUUGAUAGAAUAUUUAUUGAUUCACGUCAUCGGUUAUGUAUGUGGCACAUCACCCAAAAGUUGCCUUCUAAGGUAUGUGCUGAAGUUUCUAAUGAUAUGAAAUUCAAGAAACGUUUCAAUAAGCUAAUUUGGAAUUCUAGGAUAGAUGCUUCUGAGUUUGAUAAUAGAUGGAGAAGUUUUAUUGAAGAUUAUAAGCUCCAAGAGGUUUCAUGGUUUUCGAAAAUGUUUGAUAUGAGAGAAAGUUGGAUUCCAGCAUAUUUUAGAGACAUGUCAUUGUCUGGUUUGAUGAGGACCACUUCUAGGAAUCAAGUUUUGAAUGCUCUUGUUCAUUGUUCUUUUAGCAUGGUAUAUUGUGCAGAUGAGGCCUCAUCAUCAUCAUCAUCAUCAUUGUUAUAUGAUCCUCUUUCUCAUCAGUUUUUGAGUUUUGUGGAAGAAAGUGAGUCUAUUUUGAGUAAAGAUGCGGAUAAGCUUAAGGAGUUUUUGAGCUCAUUAAAGAAGCAAAGUUGA